AUGAAUGCUGUUCCCAGUAAAGAAAUUUUACUACGAAAAAAUGAAAAUUCUCUGAGCCCAAACAAGCUGAUUAUUUUAUCUCCCAAAGACCAAAAACCUCAACGAGUUAAAGUAAAAAUUACAACUUAUUACGCUCAUAGAGAUAGAUUAAAAUCCGAUAAAAUAAUGUCAUUAAAUUCUAGUCCAAAAUCAUCUCAAGACAAAUCAACUGGAUUUUAUAAAUUAUACAACAGCAAUGAAUCAACUCCUAAAGCAGCUGAAAAACCUUUUAAAUUUCCAAAUUUGCCUAUCUCACUGUCGAAUAAAGUUAUAAAAAAGCAUAAAAAUUUUUUGUUCCAAAAUGACGACAAUAUGCUUGCUAGAGGUGUAAGUUUAAAAAUUCUCCCAAUCAUAGUGUCUCCUUUAAAGCCAAGAGUGGUUAAAAACGAAAUUAACGAUAGAAGUUUAGGAAAUUCACCAAAUAAAAGAUGAAUUUAUUCAAAUUUUUCUUCUGCAAGUUCUAUUAAAAGGGCUGCAAAAUUGCAAUCAGGGUAA